AUGAACGGCUUGGCGUUCGACGAAAGCUCCCUGGACCAGCUGGACCCGUCCCUGUGCCUCCAUGAGAGCAGCGACAUCGACACGGCCCUGCUGAGCGACAUCGAUGAUAUGCUUCAGCUCAUCAACAAUAAUGAAAACGAUUUUGGGUUCUUCGAUGCAUCAUUUGCAGCAGUCAAUACCCUGGCCCAAGACCCCAGUUCCAAAGUGGACAUCGCAGUGGACCUCGCAGGAGGGGCUGCCCUCAGCUCCCUGGAGGGGUUACUGGCCGCCCCCUACCAUCCCCACCUCCACCCCCAGGAAGAUGUUUCCGCUGUCCACUCCAAGUUUCCACAGCCCACCAGCUGCCACCCAACCUCAGGACAAUCGCAUGCAACAGCUGAAGCUCAGCUUACAGAGCAUGGUCAAGGAUGAGCCCAUGCAAAUCUGCCCCACCCCACAGCAUGUCCAGGCUAAGCCACCCACCACCCAGCAUCUGCAGGGCAUGCUAUUCGGGCAGAGCUUGGUUACAUCGGCGCAGCCUCAGUUCAACAACCAGCCCGUGGCAGGAUACCAAGAGCAGAGCGCUGAGCCAGCUACACAGGUGGUGUCCAUCCCACACAGCACAGCAAGUCAACCCCUGCAGAGCAUCACAGGUCAGCCUCUACAGAGCAUUGCAAGUCAGCCAUUACAGAACGUGGCCAGCCAGCCGCUGCAGAGCAUUGCAAACCAGCCUCUGCAGAGCAUCACAUCACAAGCUCCGACACUGCAGACUGUGGCUGCCCAACCUCUGCAAACUCACCCCUCUCCACAGAUCCAGCAGCCUCUGACCAUCCACGCACAGAGCAUCUCUUCUCAGCAGUUCCUGACCACCACCAGCGCCACUUCCAUAGCCCCACAAAUUCAGCAGGUGCCGGUUCUGCUUCAGCCUCAUUUUAUCAAAGCGGACUCUCUGGUCCUUACGGCGGUAAAGACAGACACAGGGGUGAUGUCGGGCAUCAAAACAUCGCCAACCAGCACAACCAUCCAGACUACACCUCUGCAGAUGCCGGCCUUGGUAAGUGGAGGAACCAUAUUAACCACAGUACCAAUAAUGAUGGAUGCCGACAAGUUGCCCAUCAACCGUAUAAAUGCCGGUGGAAAGAUGGCCAUGUUGAACUGCAAAGGAGAAAAACGUACUGCUCACAACGCCAUCGAGAAGCGCUAUCGAUCCUCCAUCAAUGACAAGAUCAUUGAACUGAAGGACCUUGUGGUGGGAACAGAGGCCAAGCUGAACAAGUCGGCCAUUUUGAAGAAGGCCAUUGACUAUAUUCGAUAUCUGCAGCAGAGUAACGUCAAACUAAAACAAGAGAACAUCAUGCUCAAAAUGGCUGCCCAGAAAAACAGUACUUUGAAAGACAUAGUAGCGGGUACAGGGGUUAAUAUGGAUGGUGUGAAAGCAGAGAUGAUGGAUGUCCUAACGCCACCCCCCUUCGGAUGUGGAAUCCCCAUCACACACUGGCAGUCCGCUAUCCCAGUGUAAUAGUGACUCCGAGCCAGACAGCCCCUUCACUGAUGAAGCCAAGGUGCAAGUCAAGCAGGAACUCCCAUCUCCUCCUGGUUCAGGGAUGUUGGACCGCUCUCGCAUGGCACUCUGUGUUUUUGUAUUCCUCUGUCUCUCCUUCAAUCCCCUGUCCUUCUUGAUGGGUGGCUCCAGGAGCCAAGAGGCCUCGAAUGAUGCCGCAUUUCAUGGUGGCGGGAGAAGCAUGCUGGAAAUGCCUUACUCUGAGAGCUCUUCAUGGUUCAGCUGGUUUACUCCAUCCGUUCUCCUCUGGCCUAUAAACCUGAUCAUUGUGCUGUGCGUCUUCAUUCGCCUCUUCAUUUAUGGUGAGCCGGUCACGCGGCUGCACUCAGAAUCCUCAGUCCAGUUCUGGUGUCACCGAAAACAAGCCGACGUUGAUCUGUCUCGGGGAGACUUUGCCCAGGCCUCGCUUCACCUCUGGAAAGCCCUGAAAGCUCUGGGGCGACCUCUCCCCACGUCUAACUUUGACCUUUGCUGCAGCCUAAUGUGGAGCGUCAUACGCUACGUCCUUCAGCGGCUCUGGGUGGGAUGCUGGUUAGCUGGGAGAGCUGGAGGAUUCCGCAGGGACCAUCAGCUGAAGGACGAUGUGAGGAAGAGCUGCAGAGAGGCUGCCCUGGUAUACCACCGCCUCCACCAGCUGCACAUGACCGGGAAGCACGGAGGAGGUCAUCUAUCUGCCAUCAAUAUGGCGCUGAGUGCAGUCAACCUGGCAGACUGCGCUGGUAACACCAUCUCGGUAGCCACGCUUGCAGAGAUCUACGUGGGAGCGGCAUUGCGGGUCAAAGCCAGUCUGCAUCGUCGCUUCCAUUUCCUGGCGCGCUUCUUCCUAUGCAGUGCCCGCCAGGUGUGCUUGGCGCAGAGUGUCACCAUUCCUCCCGCCAUGCAGUGGUUGUGCCAUCCUCUGGGCCAUCGCUUCUUUGUAGACGGGGACUGGAGUGUGCGGAGCUCCCCCCGGGAUACCAUGUACAGUACAGCUGGCAGUACAGUGGACCCUCUGGCUCAGGUGACUCAGGCUUUCCGUGAACAUCUCCUGGAAAAGGCUUUGUAUUGCGUGGCGCAGCCAGAACAGGGAAAACCCAUGACUGAUGGGGAGGGGGAGUUCUCCGACGCUCUAGAGUAUCUACAGCUGCUGAAUGGGUGCUCAGACAACGCUGCUGUGCCCAAUCACACAUUUUCUAUCAGCUCCAGUAUGACCGCCGUCACAGGAACUGACCCCGUGGCCAAGUGGUGGGCCUCUAUCAUAAUCGUGGCUAUCAACCGGCUUCAGGGAGAUGAUGAAGCAGCACAGCGUCUCUACCCAGUGGUAGAAUACAUGCCGAAAUCUUUGCAUGCCACAGAAAACCCUCUACCUAAAGCUGCCCUGUAUGCUUUCAAAGCAGUAAGGAUGCUCCUGGGGAAGCAGGACAGCACUCAGGUCAGCCUGAGUCAAUGUGACAAGGCCAGUGGAUACCUGCGAGACAGCCUGAACUCCAGCCCUUCUAGUAAUGCCAACAUAGACAAGGCGGUGCAGCUCCUAAUGUGUGACCUUCUCCUGGUGACCAGGACGAACAUCUGGCAGCAGCAACAGCAGAAUUCGGCGGGGCAACAGCCGAGCCUCAUCCACCCGGCGUGCCCCCAGGAGCUCAGGGGCUUUCAGCUGGAUCUGAGCAGCCUGCGAAGACUGGCACAAUCCUUCCGACCCACCAUGCGCAGGGACUUUCUUCACGAAGCCACAGCUCGACUCAUGGCGGGGGCCAGCCCGACUCGAACGCAUCAGUUGCUGGACCGGAGCCUGCGCAGAAGGGUACCUCCAUAUAGUAAAGAAGAUAUAGCACGGCUGGUCAGUUGCAGCGUGACACUUCCGACCCUGCCCUGUCAAUAA